GUCCAGGUUGCUCCCCGGCGGCCUCCCUCGGAAGUGCUCCGUCUUCCACCUCUUCGUCACCUGUCUCCUCCUGGGCUGCUUCUCCCUACUCUGGCUGCAGCUCAGCUGCUCUGGUGACAUGGCUCAGGCAGCCAGGGGACAAGGGCAGGAGACCCCAGGCCCCCCACGGGCCUGUCCCCCAGAGCUGCCCCCUGAGCACUGGGAGGAAGACGCAUCCUGGGGCCCCCAUCGCCUGGCCGUGCUGGUUCCCUUCCGCGAACGCUUUGAGGAGCUGCUGGUCUUUGUGCCCCACAUGCACCGUUUCCUGAGCAGGAAGAAGAUCCAGCACCACAUCUAUGUGCUCAACCAGGUGGACCACUUCAGGUUCAACCGCGCAGCGCUCAUCAACGUGGGCUUCCUGGAGAGCGGCAACGGCACGGACUACAUCGCCAUGCACGACGUGGACCUGCUGCCGCUCAACGAGGAGCUGGACUACGGCUUCCCCGAGGCCGGGCCCUUCCACGUGGCGGCCCCGGAGCUGCACCCGCUCUACCACUACAAGACCUAUGUGGGCGGCAUCCUGCUGCUGUCCAGGCAGCACUACCAGCUGUGCAACGGGAUGUCCAACCGCUUCUGGGGCUGGGGCCGCGAGGACGACGAGUUCUACCGGCGCAUUAAAGGGGCCGGGCUGCAGCUUUUCCGUCCCUCGGGCAUCACGACGGGGUACAAGACAUUUCGCCACCUCCACGACCCUGCCUGGCGGAAGAGGGACCAGAAGCGCAUCGCGGCUCAGAAGCAGGAGCAGUUCAAGGUGGACCGGGAGGGAGGCCUGAGCACCGUCAAGUACCACGUGGACUCCCGCACGGCCCUGUCCGUGGGCGGUGCCCCCUGCACGGUCCUCAACAUCAUGCUGGACUGUGACAAGGCCGCCACACCCUGGUGCACUUUGGGCUGAGCCAGCUGGGCGGUGAGGAAGCUGUGCCGCCAGGUCACCGCACCACAGGCUCAGGACAGCCCGAGUCGGCCCCGCCUAGCCGGGCCGUGCAGUGGCCAGAGCCAGACACCGAGCUCGGCGUUCCCGCGGCCCACGGGGUGGCUUAGCCAGGACUGGAUGCUCUAGGGCCUGGACAGAGGCUGGGGCAUGGCCCCCAGGGGGGCUGUCUGCCUGCCUCCCCAGCCCAGCCGCCCUCCUUCAUGUGCUGAGCCCCUGGGCCGUGGGGGGUUGGCAGGACACCUCGGAUUCCCCACGCUGUUGUCCCCCGCUGGACCACCUCGUGCGAGGUACAGAGGAGAAGCCAGGCGGCUGCUGAGGGGGACAGUCACGACUGGGAAGUGAGAGUCUCAGGAACAGCACGGACCCCACAGAGCGGAGCGGUGGGUGCCAGCUCGAGCUGGUUGUCACCACGCGGGAACGUGGGCCUCAUGUCAUGAGAUGUUCUGAUUUUUCAAAAGAAACUAGAUUGCUGGAUUCUUAA